AUGAAACUUUUCAUAUUGAUUUUCGUAACAUCAAUUGCUAUUCUCCACGUGGAUUGUGCUAGAGGAUCAAGAAAACAAGCCGAACAAAAUCAUUUCAUCCAUUCAAAAAACGAAAAAACAAAAGAAGUAAAGCAUUUUGCCAUAGAAAUGUUGAAUUCAAGUUCCACUGUUGAAUUGAACUUUCAUGCUGAUUUUGAAUUCAAGGAUUUGAAUGGGCAAAUUCAUGGACGAGAAUAUUUUUUGGAAAAUUAUGUAGAGAAAACUAAAAAUUUAGAGGGAAAACUAUGCGAAGCUGAAGACGUAAAAAUAAAACUGGAAAACAGGUCAAACGUUUAUUAUGUUGAUAUUGCUGAACUUGAAAUUUUCUGUUUUGAAACUGAAAAUCGCAAGUUUCUGAAUGGAAUGUACAUCAAAAUGUUUGAGAAUAACGUAAUCAGAAGAGCAACUGCGUUGAAUGAAAAAUAA